AUGAACCCCUACGUGAGCUGGGCCAUCGUCCUGGUCGUCACCGGCGGACUCGGCUUUUACUACUCCAACACAACCAAGCCUAGAGGCAGGACGCCUGUCCGAGCUGCCCCUGAGAAAGUCGAGGCCGCGGCACCAGCCCCGAAGCACAAAAAGCCCAAAGCUCGCAAGUCCCCCGAGCCAUCCUCCAAGCAAGACGAGAAACCCGCAUCGCCUCCUCCUGUGUACACUGCAGACGACGAGGAUGAUGCCAACAACAAAGAAUUCGCCAAGCGACUGGCGGCUGCGAGAACCGGAGUGACAGUGGGCGACACCAAAACCAAGCCUCGCAAGGAGAUACGUUCUAAAGUAGUGGCUGCUGCCCCCGAAAGCGUCGGCAGCGAACUGUCGACCCGUGCCCCGUCUAGUAACGGCGGCGAUGCUGACGACGAUCUGUCCUCGACUGACAACGUGGUCGCAUCGGCAGACGACGUCUCCGAUAUGCUCGAGAAGCCUGCUCCGGGCGCCUCGGUUCUGCGACUGACAGGCUCAGUCGAGUCCAAGGAGAAGAAGCAGAAGCCGCAGGCUUUCAAGCCCGUCGAGACCAAGAAACAGCGCCAGAACCGCCAAAAGAAUGAGGCCCGCAAGCAGGCUAACCAGGAGGCCGAAGCCGAACGCCGCAAGCUGCGGGAGAAGCAGCUCCACACAGCCCGCGAACACGAGCGCCAGGAAGCUGCCCGACAGAAACCCGCUGCUGCUCCCCAGAACGCAUGGAACAAGACCAAUGGCGCUGUCGCGACCCCGGCCCCCGCCACCACCGCCAAUGAGAACCUCCUCGAUACCUUUGAGCCUGUCGCAAAGCCAUCUGGCUCGUCAGGUACCUGGACCAACAACCUGCCGCCAGAGGAAGAGCAGAUGCGGAUCCUCGGGGUCUCCCCAGGCGAGGAGGACUGGACUACGGUUCCGUCCAAAAAGGAAAAGACCAAGAAAAAGGCCAAAGCUGACGAGAGCGCCAACGAGGCCAGCUCAUUCGAGGCGCCAGCGACUAUAUCCGAGAGCAAGCCGACGGAAUGGGUUGCGCCAGUCGCCCCAGCCCCGGUUCCAGUGCCAGUGCCACGGGGCAAGAAUCACCCUCUUGACUCGGAUUGGGCUGCUUGA